AUGGCCAGCCGGCUGCAAACGCUGUGCAGUGUUCUUUUGGCUUUGAACAUCGUCGUCAUCGUGUUCCGAAGAAGGACAGGAAGGACGAUAAAUCAAAGCCCAGUGAGCCGAGUGAGUCAAAUUGAAAACGCUUCUGAUACUGUCACCGUACAAUCGGUCAACCCUGUUGAUUCCGAGAAGCGAUACUUCCAGUCUUGUUUACCACAGUAUUUCUUGGAUCAUUUGACUAAAGAGUUCUACAAUCUGGCGGUUCGGCAGAGGGAUGGCCUGGAUGUUUUUCUGGAGACCUACAUCUCCCUGUGGCCUACUGAUGGCCUAGUGAUGUUUGACAUCGGUGCAGGCUGCUAUGCAAGUGGCUCGGACUCUGAUACAACACUGGCCAUCAAGUUCGCCAAGCACUUCGGCUGCGCCAAGAAUCGAUUUUUUGCCUUUGAACCACAACCAGAUGUGUUCAUGAAAACCACGCAAUGCUUGAACAAGGAGUUGUUUCCGGAUCGCUUUUGCGUCGCUUUGGAAAAUGCAGCAUUCUCAAACGUGACCUCACGAUCGGGUCUAUGGAAAAAAAAAGAAGUGAUGGCCUGGGAUGUGGCCACCUAUGCUCGCUUGCAUAACCUGGCAAAGAUUGAUCUGCUGAAGAUUGACACAGAGGGACAUGAUUUCACAGUGGUGCAGGGUGCAUUGAGCAUGCUACGAGCCAAAGAGAUCAUGGUGGUGGUCAUGGAAGUGAGCGACAAGAUGAAUCCAGAUUUCUGGGGAGCUAGCUACCGAGGAGGAAAGCCUGUUUUCCACGGCAAGCACAUUGCAGAGCCCAAUGUGAAGUCUGUGUGGCAAUUUAUGCUGAAUUUAAAUUACUUUGGUUUUUGGCUUGGAACCAAACGACUGGUGCCGCUUUCAGGGGCCUGCUGGGAUGAUCGUAUGGAAAUCUGCGGCGAUCCGCACGGAUACCUGAACAGCGGCAUUUGCUGGUUCGACAUUAUCUUCAUUCUGAACCAGGGCUAUGGGGCGAAGCUAGCGUACUUGGAGAAAAUUUCAAAAACCUUGGCCUCUGUUGACUUGGAGAUUGCCUUGAGGAGAGCCAUCAGGAUGUCUUUCUUCUUGAAAAGCAAGAGGAAGGUAGAUCUUUUCCUCGCUUUGGUUGGCGAAGCUCGUGGCAAUGCUGCUGACUACUGCGCGCAUGAGCUGGAAGCAGUGAAGGAAGUGCUCGUGCAGAGUAUGCCUUUCACCCCCUGCAACAGAGUCAAGGAUGCAGCGAUUAGCCUCAUCGGCUUUCUGGCAGCCUGCCGAAUGGCGGCAGAGUACGGCAUCUCACAAGCGCCGCCAUGCACCUUCCAACCUUGCCAAGAGAUCUGCCAGCCCAAAUCCUAUGAGACACUCUUGCUAGAAGCCGGACUCUGGAAGUCAGGUUCCUGGUCGAAAUAUGCCCAUCUUGUGAUUGAAAUGAAAAGCGCCCUCAAGAUAUUGAAUUCUUACCCAGAGUGGCGCAUUGUUGCUCCCCUGGAACGGCUGUGGUGCAGGCUGGCUUAGAGAAUCAGAUCAUACUUCUGAGGCAUUUUAGCGAAACAUACAGUGCUUCUUCUGAUUCUGAGGGGGCCGAGGCAUGUAGCGAUCGUUAAAUGGCUGAAUACCGCCCGGACCACGGGUGAAAAUAAGGGUUUGCGAGGAUUUGCCACAGCAGUCUUGUUGCAUUUUGGUGGGCGGAAGGGCCUACAGCC